GCAGGCAGCCAGCGGCGAGAAGCGAGAAGAAAAGCGAGGCGAGGAGGAGGUCGCGUCGCAGCGCACGCAAGCAAACCACCAGAGCCAGCAAGCAAGCGCGGCCGCGCCGAGGCCGACCAAGCCCUACAGGCGCCGCCGCCGCCGCGCCGGGCUCGCUAGGGAUUCGUGCCCCGUCGUCGGGCGCGGGCGCGGCCGCGCGGCGGCGGGAGGAGCGGCGGCGAGACGAUGGAGCCCGGGUGCGGGGAAGGAGGAGGAGGAGGAGGAGGGAGGGAUGAGCGGGUGCCGCAGUGGGGCGCGCAGGAGACGCGGGAGCUGAUCGCGGCGCGCGGGGAGAUGGAGCGGGAGUCCGCCGCCGCGGCCGCCGCGCGCCGCAGCGCCAAGACGCUGUGGGAGGCGGUGUCCGCGCGCCUCCGUGAGCGCGGCUACCGCCGCACUGCCGAGCAAUGCAAGUGCAAGUGGAAGAACCUCGUCAACCGAUACAAGGGAAAAGAAACAUCUGAUCCAGAAAAUGGUAGACAGUGUCCUUUCUUUGAUGAGUUGCAUGCAGUCUUCACUGAACGAGCUAGAACUAUGCAACAACAACUCCUUGAGUCUGAAUCUGGACCAUCUGUUAAAAAGAAACUAAAGCGACCAAGUGGUGACCUGUCAUCGGAGGACUCUGAUGAUGAGGAAGAUGGCAGUGGAGAUAGUGGCGAUGAGAAACCCAUAAGAAGCAGAAAGAGGAAAAUUGCUGACAAGAGGCAACAAUCGCAACGAAUGGCAGAAAAGUCGAGGACUAGCAUUUCAAGCAUCCAUGAAUUGUUGCAGGAUUUCCUGGUGCAGCAGCAGCGCAUGGAUAUUCAGUGGCAUGAGAUGAUGGAGAGGCGUUCCCAGGAGCGGAUUGUUUUUGAACAAGAAUGGCGUCAGUCAAUGCAAAAGCUAGAGCAGGAGAGACUGAUGCUGGAGCACACAUGGAUGGAGCGAGAGGAGCAACGAAGGAUGAGAGAAGAAGCACGAGCUGAGAAAAGGGAUGCCCUCCUGACCACACUCUUGAACAAAGUCUUACAGGAAGAUUUAUAUACUACUAAUAUUGGGAUAAGACGGAUCAAUCGAUCGACCACCAGUGGAGGAAGACUGGCAAUGGAGGGGAAGCCCCUCCUCUUCCCCCACCCUCGCAUCCCCGUCGCGGCCCUCGUCCCCAACCACCUUCCCCGCCGCCCUCGCGCUUCCGGCAUCCUCCUCCUCCUCGGCGACCGGAGACCGAGGCAGCUCGGCGUCGCCCUGCGGCGUCGGCCAAGACGCCACCAGGCCGAGACCGCGCCGCCCAGCCGCCGCGGCGGCGGAGGCUGCUGGGGGCGGUGGGCGGCACGCGCCGCGGCGGGGCUGGUGCUCCAUCUGGCGGUAUGCUCCGUCGCCUUGCUCUUCCCCACCUAUGCGCGCGCCUGCGUGGGCGGCGCUCUCCCCCCGCCACCUCCUGCGGCGGCGAUGGCGGCGGAGGAGGACGACGACGACGAGGAGUGGAAGGUCGCGCUGCAGCAGUGGAAGUCCAAGACGUAUUCCCUCUCUGUUCCCCUGCGGGUCGUCGCGCUCCGUGGCUCCUUCCCUCCUGCGUGGAUCAAGGAUUUUGUUGAAGCUCAGGGGAAGAGACUGAAAUUCAGUCCUGAGUUCAGGACAAACCUUGAUGUGCUCUACUCCGAGAUGUCACAAUGUUUGGACAAGGGUCAACUUAAGCAAAAAUCCGCAAUGGCGGCUGAUGUUGUUUCAAUUGGGGACUCUUGGCUCGGGUAUGCCAUUCGUAAGGGAUUGGUAGAACCUGUCAAGAACGCUGAAGAACAGGAUUGGUUUCAGAGCCUAAGUAACAGAUGGAAGAUUCAUCUGUGCAGGAACCGCAAUGGUGAGGUAGAUCCUAAUGGCUCAAUAUGGGCGGUUCCAUACAGAUGGGGCACCGUGGUCAUUGCUUACAAGAAAAACAAGUUCAAAAGGCAUAAUCUGAAACCGAUACAGGACUGGGGGGAUUUGUGGAGGCCUGAACUUGCCGGAAAAAUUUCAAUGGUGGAUUCUCCAAGAGAAGUCAUUGGUGCAGUCCUGAAGCAUCUGGGAUCCUCAUACAACACUAAUGACAUGGAAUCAGAAAUCACUGGUGGUAGGGAAACAGUCUUAGAAAGCUUGACACAACUACAGAACCAGGUUCAAUUGUUUGACAGCACGAACUAUCUGAAAUCAUUUGGAGUAGGAGAUGUAUGGGUUGCAGUGGGUUGGAGCAGUGAUGUUAUUCCUGCUGCGAAGCGAAUGUCUGACGUUGCAGUGGUGGUUCCCAAGUCAGGCAGUAGUCUAUGGGCUGAUCUAUGGGCGAUACCAUCUGCAACCAAAUUUCAGACUGAUCGAAUUGGCGGCAGAACUAGAGGCCCAUCUCCACUUAUCAACCAGUGGUUUGACUUCUGCCUGCAGAGUGCUAGAAGCUUACCCUUUCGGCAAGAUGUCAUCCCAGGAGCAUCGCCACUAUUCCUCGAGAAACCGGUGCCUGAAGUUCCUCAAGAACGAAACAAGAGAAAGCCAAAGCUGGAGACGAAUCUUGUCAGAGGAGCACCUCCCCUUGAAAUCCUGGAAAAAUGUGAGUUUCUAGAGCCUCUAUCAGAAAAGGCGCUGGACGAUUACCAAUGGCUGAUAACGAGAAUGCAGAGACCAAAUCGUGGUCUGUUUGGAAAUUUGUUGCAAAAUAUAUCGAGUGUACUGAAUUUCAAAUCAAGAGUUUAAGAAUUUCUGUGC